AAAAUUCCAUCGCCAAAGCAAGGAGAGGAGUUCUGUUAUUCUAACUCGCCGCAUCUCCAGCUCCAAUUGCAAACCUUCCGUCCGACGAAUUUGCCCCGGCAAAUCUCCACUAAAUUGAAAGAGGGAGCCCCGCCGAUUACCCACCUGCUGCUCGCAUCCCUCCUCCCGUCCGCCCCUUCUAUUGCGAGCACUUCCAUCUCAACCGUCGAAACAAAAUCGGAGGAUACAGGGGAACGAAGAAGCGGAAGUGAAGAAGGCGAGGCAUGGGAGAUAUCUUUGCUUGGCUCAUUUCCUUUUUCAUCCUCAUAGCACUCCUCGUCAUCAUUGUUUACCAGCUUAUGUGCUUGGCUGAUCUUGAAUUUGAUUAUAUCAACCCAUAUGAUUCGGCAUCGCGGAUAAAUAGAGUGGUUAUGCCAGAGUUAAUCACACAAGCAGUUCUGUGCUUCUUCUAUCUUGUAACGGGACACUGGGUUAUGUCGUUGCUUUGUGCCCCGUAUUUGUACUACAAUGUUAGACUUUACCAAGGAAACCAGCAUCUGAUAGAUGUGACCGAGAUAUUCAACUUGCUUAACCGGGAAAAGAAGCAACGGCUAUUCAAACUGGGUUAUCUUAUUGUCCUCCUAUUUUUCUCCUUGUUCUGGAUGAUUUACAGUGCAUUGGACGAAGAAGAAUGAAAUGAAGGCCUGCCUAGCAUUCCUGGACAUCUUUCAAAAAUUAUUCAUUGCUGUAGAACUGCUGAUUCCUCUCAGUGGUUCACACUACUUUGCCGCAUUGAUUGAACUUGGUCGUUGUGAUUGAUAUAGCUUAAAUCACAAUUUGUAUAAUUGUGAGGUUUCUUUUGAUUUUAACUGCAAAAUGGUUUCAGGCAUCCAGUGUUAUUUGAGGCAUUCAGUUAUGAUACCUUCUCUUCACUCUUGGAUUGAGUUUGAUGUAUUCAAUGUUAAAACUUUGGAGUUGGAAAUUAGGAAUUGCGUUC